AUGGCUGAACCCGAGCCCUGGCGGAAGACAGGACGAAAAGCUGGUGAGGAACACUGGCUUGGGUUGACACCCAGCGCUGUUGUAGAGGUGAGCCUCUAUGACGAUGCGGGGCGACAGCAGGGCCGAGGUGUUGUGAAAUUGCAGCACCGCGCCAUAGAGGAUGAGGCUGGCAAAGGUCAAACCUGGCGAGGAUUCUUUCUGGCCAUUGAAGACGGAUAUUACGAGUGGUGGGUACAAAAUCAUUACCCCACGAAGGUGCUGCCAUUCCACUUCUGUCAGGUGGCGGCCCAUCGGUGUGGGGAGCAAACGCUGUACCGGGACCCCAUCCACGUUGACGUCUUCAGAGUCUUGCCGGAUGAUACAUACGUGAGGCUGCCGUGGAUGACCGAUGAAAAGAAUGAGAAGGCCAAAAGCUUGUUGGCACUCCACGCCACGCAGGCGCCUGCGGUCCCAGCCCUCGCCUCUCCAGCUGUGGGGGGUGGGGAUGGUGGCCGUGGGAGCCGAGCUGAUGGUGAAGUGGAGGUGGGUGAAGCUGGCAUUGCAGGGCUGGCUCGAGCACUUGGAACUGCAGGAGAUCGUGGCGACAAGAGAGAGAGGCAGAUCGACGAUGAUAAGGAGGAAAAGAAGAAAAGGAAGGAGAAGAAGGCACCAGUGGAUGCCCGAGAGGAAGGCCUUCGAGCCGUUCUGAAUAAGCGGAAGGCACCGCUACCUACCGGGGGUGCGCUCAAGCUGAAAGGAGACGACCUGAAGAAGAAGAAGAAAAAGAAGCGGAAAAGAGAUUCAGAGAAAAAGCGGAAGUCCAAAAAGGAGGAAGCUAGCAAGGGGUCCUCCGAGGAAAGUGACUCAGGGGACGACGAGACCUCCUCAUCGAGUUCAGGGUCGCUUUUUCAGUUGGCCGCCCUGCCACAGGGAGUAGACCGAUUGCACCGGUUGCAUCAGGAGAAGCCAGGGGCUCUGGCGGACCUAACGCUCCGGCGCUUUCAGGAGCUCCUGAACCGCUCAAUAGGCGGGGGAACGGCCGAGACAGAGCAGGAGAUGCCGCCGGUAGCGCGCGCAUACCUCAGCCAGAUCUACAUGGUGCGCCAUCCAGAAGCAGCGAUUGGCCUGCGGAAUCUGAGAGAGCUGCGUACGUUGGCGACGCUGGUGGAUCUCAUGGCCAUGAACGACUCUCUCCGUGCACUCGACGGCCAAUGGAGUCAAGCAAACUUGCUGGAGCUCAUUGUGCCGGAGGAGGAGCAACGAGCCUGGUUCCGACAGGAGUUGAAGGCAGCCCAGCAAGAGCACAAGAGCGACCUGAGGCUGCAGAGGGACCAAUGGCCGAAAAGGAGGUUUGCGUUGGGCAAGAGCCCAAACUGGAAGAUGAUAGAGCAGGAUUUCUUUGAGAUGAUUGCCAAUGUCGCUGGAGACCCACCUGCACUGGUAAAGAAGCAGUUGCGGCUCAGCUGUCAAUUCCUAGGAGAGGAAUUGAUACCAUCCGCAUCGGAAGUGGCCUGCCGGCUCUUGGGGGUCGACCAAUCUCAGGCCGGGGUUGAUCCUCGGUCUGGGGAAGGUCGGCUCCUAAAGUUGGUGAAUGGCAUUGAAGUGCGAGCUGCUGACAUUGAGUGGAAGAGAGAGGACGGGGUUUAUGUUGGCACCCCUCACAAAGAGUUUGGUGCCUCAAUCUACCACCAGGAGUUUGUCAGUCAGUUGGAUAAGGAAAAAGUGAGGAUAUCUUUGGUGGGUCAACACUUAUAUGUUGGCUCAAAGGACCUGAGAGCUGCCGACUGGUUGAUUCAGGAAUUUGGGCUGAUUCCAAAAGAGCACGUGACGCCGGUCUCAUGGAGGCAGAUGAUGCGGCGAGGGCUGGGGCUCAGCUUGUCGGUGAGUCUUGUGGGGGUGGUCUUAAAAGUCGGCAUUCAAGACCGCCCUGGAGAGUUGGGCAACUUAGCGCGUGCCCUUCCUUGCUGCGCUCUGGAGAACUUUCACCGACUGGCAAAGGAGCUACUCCCAUUGCCAAUGCCCAUCAUGACCGACGAAGAACUGGCUUUUGAGGCAGCGGUGAAUGAGGCAGCGGUGAAGGAGGUCCUCUGUGGCCGCUUGGAUGUGACCAGUGAGAGUUGGAGGAAGCUGAACAGUGAGGCAAAGGAAAUCGGUGUGAAGGCAUGGACCUGGCUGCAGUGCUUCGUGAUCAACCACCUAUACUGCCACGGAGCAGGUGGUCGCAUGCUGUCUGAGUGCAUGCUUCACGCGAAGGAACCUACUGCGAGCCAGGAAAGAUCCAUCAAGCGACUUGACAGCUUAAGCAAGAAAUGGAUUGAAGAAGAUAAGGAGGAUGCGAUCAGGGCAGACACCUGGGAGAAGUCGUCUGAGACAUUGGGGGACAUGUACACAGGACCCAACGUAGGGAAAUCCUAUCCUCUGACAUUGGAGGCAAUACUCCCCACAACACCAGGUGCGAGUGAAGCGGCGAGGAUCCCAUUGUCAGAAGUGGUGAGCGACUCGGUCAAGGAAUAUGUGGAUGACCCUUCGCUGCUGCGUAUCCCGGACGAGGAGCUCAUUGUGCCACGCACCUCAGCGUUGGUGCAAGUCACCAGCCAGGAGGAGUGGGACAAGAUCGUGAGCCACCUGGUAGAUGCAGGCAUGCUUGAGAGGGAAGUUGAGGCAGAGACCUUCAAGUAUCGAGGGGAGCCAGUUCGUAAUGGGGCGUUUGGCGUCCACAAGAGUUGGGUGCUGAAGGAGGAUGGAGAAUGGCUCCGCACGUUGAGAUUGAUCAUCAACAUGAUCCCCGGCAACUCGUUCCAGAGACGCAUGCCAGUGAGAGCUCCGGAGAAGAUGGGUUAUGCCCCGCUGUGGGGGAACCUCUACUUGCAUGAGGACGAAAUCAUCAUAUGUGCCGCUGAGGACCAGAAACACUGCUUUCAUAUCUACCGGCCAGGAUAUGCAUGGCGAGCCUUCUUCAGUUUGAGUAGGAUGGCUUCAGGACAGGCCUUCAAAGAUGGAAAGGUGGAGAAAGGUUACCCUCGAGUGAAGAGUGCACCCAUGGGGUGGAACAAUGUGGUGGACUUUAUCCAGGACGGCUUUGAGAACAUGGCCAAGAUGGCAGGUUUGGCGCCUAAUCAAGUUAUUCGAAUGGGCGAGCCGAGCCCGUUGGAACCUUUGGCAACUCCCAGAUCAUUCUUUUCGUUCUAUGUGGACAACUUUGACCAGCUGAAGAUCAUCUGGAGGACCGACCGGGGGCUGUACGAAGGCCAGCCGACCGAUGAACAACUCCAAUUGCGAGAGACCAUGGAGGAAUUGACUGUAGGGAGAGACCCCAAGAAAGCAGCUGAGGGAUCAAUCAGCUGGACCAGUUUGGGAGCCGAAGUGGCUGGAGAGGAAGGAUGGAUUGGCAGCUCGCGGAGCUUCCGCCGGGCACUUCUGAGUGCUAACCUUGGGCUGUUGGUGGGGGAUGAGGUCCGUACUGAUUCCCCCAAUCUGCAGUCUGUGGUUUCAAAGAACAUGCACUCGGUGCAAUACAACCGGCAGCUGGCAGUGUUGUUUGACAGGCUGUACGUGGAAAUGAAUGCCAGCAGGCCACGACUCUUGAGUGAGAAAGGUCGCGACGAGCUCUUGCUGCUAUGCUGCUCACUGCCCAUGCACUGGCUUGACGUCAAGAUGAAAGUGUCAGGCCAAGUGUAUGCGACAGACGCGAGUCCAGAAGGCGGAGGAGCCUGCUGCACUACUGGCCUGAGCCCCUGGGGAAGUGCAAGACUUCACAGCCUCAGUCAUGAGCGUGAUGGACUGGAGGGAGCCGCUACUGAGAAUGCCCUAGUGAUCGAAUGCUUUGCGGGCAUGGGAGGCCUGAAGCAAGCACUGGAUUUGAUUGGGUUUGAGCCCGCUGGGGUGGUGGCAAUUGAUACCUCGGCUGAGUGCUGUAAGGUAUACAAGCAGCACUGCCGCCACGUCAUCUGGGUUCAGAAGAUUGAGUCCGUGACGGAGGAGCAGGUCUUGGAAUGGAGAAGGCGAUUUCCGCGCGCCACAAAGGUGGUCAUUGGAGGAGGAUGGCCAUGCAUCAACCACUCGGUGCUGAACCCUAGACGACAGGGAGCAGAAGGAGCUUCGAGCAAGCUGCUGGACGACAUGUUGGCAAUCAGAGGAUGGUUGGGAUCGUGCUCAGAGAAGUUGCACCUUCCCCCAUGGAAAGUAGUGGAGAUUUUCGAAAAUGUGGUCAUGGAUGAUGCAGAUUACGAAGCCCAAAGCAAGAAGAUUGGGUACACGCCCUACUUUGUUGAGGCUGCUGAGAUUGGGCGUUGCCGAAGACCCAGGCUCUACUGGAUUUCAGGGGUGGACCUUGUGGCUGGAGAUGAUCUGUCUGUCGCCGCGCGGCGAACUCUGAGAGGUCACAGCUACCAGGUGAAGCAAAUCAAGGUGGACACGGAACGUCCCCCGCUCACAUGGUUCCUGAAUGAAGGGACCACCAAGAUGGCCGAACCUGAAGAGCCGUUUGCAACGUUCACCCGGCCAAUCGCUCGACAGAGCCCUCCAGAAGAUCCUGCCGGGUUUGACCAGGCCACAGAGAAGGCCUUGAAGCGGUGGCGCGGAGACAGUUACAGGCUCCAGCCCUACCAAUAUGAGCCUCGUAACCUGGUAACCGACAAGAAUGGGCCCAGAAGGCCUGCAGUCGAAGAGCAGGUCCGGAUGAUGGGUUUCCAAUCCACACACCUCAAUACCAAAACCAAGCUCAGUGCAGACCUGAGAGGUCAAAUGGUUGGGAAUUCCUUUUCAGCGAUGGUGGUGGCUCGGCUCUUGGUGGGCCUGGUGUUGAAGCCGGAGCAAUGUGUUGGAAAGGAUGUCAGCCUGAUGCUCUGGGAAGUCUGGAAAGCCAAGGAAGACAAAGCUGGUCAAGAAGGAAAACCUUGGAAAGUGAGGUUUGCAAGUGUGGCUGCGGGGGUUCCUGGGGUGGUGAGCCUGCUCGAGCGGGUCUUGCCAUCACCAGUCGCGCCCCUGCGGUCAUUCAUUGACCCUCAACAGUGGCUGACAGACGAAGAGAUGCUGAGCUACUUGUUAGCUCGCAAUGGGACACACCGUGGUGCUGAGAUCCGGAUUGACUUGGGGAUGCCUUACUCCGUUGGUGAACUGUGCCGGCAGAGCAUUGAUCCCAGUCACUGGAUUUGGAAAGUCUUGAUGUCCUACUCAUGGAGAGAGCCAGGACAACACAUCAACAUCUUGGAGUUGGUGGCGGUCCUUGAUCUUCUCCGCCGGCAAGGACGCGAUCCAAAGCAUCAUGACCAACGCUUGAUCACACUUGUGGACAACCAAGUUGCAAUGAGCUGCCUCUCGAAGGGACGCAGCUCCGCUCGAGCCCUCCAAGGUCCCCUACGCCGCAUCAGUGCCGUAUGCCUAGCCGCACACUUUCGACUCUGCCUCGGAUGGAUCAAGAGCAAGUGGAACCCAGCUGAUGGGCCCAGUAGAUGGGCCAAGCGUCGUCGCAAUGCCUAG